AUGGGUGAUUUUGUAAUGACUAUUGAAGAUGAUACUGAAAUCAUUAUUCCAGAAGAAGAGAGUAGUGACGUUAAUAAUGACCCACAAUCAAAUGUUAACACAGAGAAUGAUAAUAUAAAUCCGGAAUUUACUUUCUUUAUUGAUGGAUUUAAUAAUGCGAUAGAACAUCCAUGGGAUUUUAAUGCUGCAAGAGCUGGUCUUAAACCGAAAAUACUUGUGACAUCUAGAACAAUUGAUGAAAUCAUUGAAAAGAAGAGAUUAGAUACGAAGAAAACGAAAAUUGAUAAGGCGAAUGGUCAUAAUAAGAAUGGUAAUAAUAAAGUUAUUACAAAAUCAAAACAUGGUGAUGAGUUGAGCAUGUCGGAAGAGAACGACGAUGAUUUUGAAAAGGAAUAUGUCGGUCGUAAGAAAAAGAAAGAAAUCCUAAAACAAAAUGUAGUUAAUGAAGAUAAUCAAACUGAAGAUGACGAUGAGAAAGACAGUGACGAAGAUGAUCCUUUUGCAUUUGGUGGUGGUGUAGAUUAUGUUAUUGAAGAUGAGGAAGUUAGCAGUGAAACAGAUAAUGAAUAUGAAAGAGAGCGAAAAAAGGCAUAUUUUGCAGAUAAAUCCGAAAUAAUACAGAAUCAAGAUUUGGCAUCAGCAGAAUCAUUUCAAACAAUGAAUUUAUCAAGACCUAUUUUAAAAGGAUUAAGCCAUUUAGGAUUUAUUCAACCAACACCAAUACAAAAACAAGCCAUACCAAUUGCACUGAUGGGUAAAGAUAUUUGUGGAGGGGCAAUAACAGGAAGUGGUAAAACUAUAGCCUUUUUAGUACCAAUAAUAGAAAGAUUGUUAUAUAGACCACGACAAACAGCAGAAGUUAGGGUACUCAUAUUAGCACCAACACGUGAAUUGGCUAUACAAUGUCAUAGUGUUGCUAGUAAAUUAGCAGCUUUCACGGAUAUCACUUUAUGUCUUUGUGUCGGUGGGUUAAGUCUCAAGAAACAAGAAACAGAAUUACGGGUGCGCCCUGAUAUCGUUAUUGCCACUCCAGGAAGACUUAUUGAUCACAUAAGAAAUUCAAUUUCUUUUUCACUGGAAAAUAUCGAAAUUCUAAUUAUAGAUGAAGCUGAUCGGAUGUUGGAAGAUGGAUUUGCAGAUGAAUUAAAUGAGAUAGUUAAAAAUUGUCCGAAAUCACGACAAACAAUGUUAUUUUCAGCUACAAUGACAGAUAAUAUUGAUGAAUUAAUAAGAUUAUCGUUAAAUAGACCAGUAAAAUUGAUGGUAGAUCAUAUUAAAGCAACAAAUACAAAAUUAUUACAAGAAUUUAUUAGAAUAAGAGAACACCAAGAAAAAAAUCGCGAAAUUAUAUUAUUAAUUUUAUGGUUAAGAGCUUCUGAAUUGCAUGGCAACCUUUCUCAAGAGCAAAGGUUGGAAGCGUUAGAAGCAUUUCGUGAUGGAAAAGUAGAUUAUUUAUUAGCUACAGAUUUAGCAUCACGUGGAUUGGAUAUUAAAGGAAUCGAAACAGUCAUAAAUCAUAAUAUGCCACAAAGUUAUGAUCAUUACAUUCAUAGAGUUGGUAGAACUGCUCGAGCAGGCAGAAAUGGGCGGUCUGUUACAUUAACAGGAGAGGAAGAUCGAAAAUUAUUAAAAAUGGUGAUAAAACAUUCACAAAAAGAACAAAUUAAAAGAAGGAAUAUAGAUACAGAAUUAAUAAGAGAAUAUGGUGAAAAGUUAGUAGAUAUUAAAAAAAAAGUAGUUGAAGUACUAAAAGAAGAAAAGGAAGAAAAAUUAAUUAAACAGACUGAAAUGGAAUUAUUAAAAGGUCAGAAUUUGAUCAAAUAUAAAGACGAAAUUGUGAGUAGACCUGCUAGAACUUGGUUUCAAACCGAAAAAGAAAAAAAAUCAUCAAAAAAUCUUUCUGUUGAAGAGUAUAAUGAAAAAUUUGAUGUUAAAAAACGAAGGAGGGAUGAAGAUGAUGAGGGGGAAAAAAAGAAAGUUAAAAGAGAUAAAUACGCUGGAUUUGAAAUGGAUUUAGCUGAUGCUACUAAAAAGAAUGCUUUUACUGUCGUCCCAAAGAACAAAGGUGUUGGAAAGGAAAAAAGUAAAUCACGAGAUGUUAUUAAAAAGAAGGUUAAAAGUGGUGGUGUUGUAAAGAAAAAGGGAAAGAAUGUUAAAAGAAGGAAGUAA